ACCCUCGCUUUUGGAACCAGUCAAGCAGACGAAGCAACAGAGUGGAGAGAGAGAGAGAGAGUGUAGAUUUUCCUCUCCUUUCCCACUGUUUACCCUUUUCCUUCACACCUCCUUCCGGGAACAAGGUGGGAACAUGGAAAUUGUAUGAUCGUGCCUAACUUCCUGCAUAUAAAUAUACAAUCCUUUUCAUUCGCCGAAGUUUGGAGUUCAAAGAGAGAGAGACAGGGGAGGAGAGGAAGAGAGGGCGAGAGAGAGAGGGAGAUGGGGAAUUGUUUGAGAGCUCGGAGGAUUGACAAUCAUUGGUCGUGUUCAUCAAGCAACAUCAGAGUUCCAGCUCCAGCUGCUGAAACAGAGCAUAGAGAAAGGGACGAAGUCGCCGGAGAAAAUGGCAUUAAAGGCGAGGAGGCGCCGGAGAGUUUUGGUGGUGGUGCGGGAAAAAUGGCGAUUCCGGCGAUGAAAGUGUUCACUUUAGCGGAAUUGAAAAGCGCGACUAAAAAUUUCAGGCCGGACACGAUGCUGGGAGAGGGAGGGUUCGGGCAGGUAUUCAAAGGCUGGGUGGACCGGCGGACCCUCGCCCCCUCCAAGGUCGGCGUCGGCAUGCCCGUCGCCGUCAAGAAAGCCUCACCCGAUAGCUCCCAAGGUUUACACGAAUGGCAGUCGGAGGUGAAGUUCUUAGGGAUGUUGAGUCAUCCAAACCUGGUGAGGCUGCUGGGUUUCUGCUGGGAAGAAAAAGAAUUUCUCCUUGUCUAUGAAUACAUGCAGAGGGGAAGCUUGGAAAAUCACCUCUUCCGCAAAGGUGCAGAGCCCCUUCCAUGGAGCACACGGCUCAAAAUAGCAAUAGGAGCAGCUCGAGGCCUCAGUUUUUUGCACACAUCGGGGAUGAAAAUUAUCUAUCGAGACUUCAAGCCCUCAAACAUUUUGCUCGAUGAAUUUUACAAUGCCAAGCUUUCAGAUUUUGGGCUUGCCAAGCUAGGCCCAUCAGAUGGGAACACUCAUGUGUCCACUCGGCCCAUGGGCACCUAUGGCUAUGCCGCUCCUGAAUAUGUUUCCACCGGUCACUUGUACAUAAGGAGUGACGUGUACGGUUUCGGUGUGGUGCUACUAGAAAUGCUAACAGGCCUACGAGCCAUCGACACGAACCGGCCCAACGGGCACCAAAACUUGGUGGAAUGGGCUAGGCCGUUUCUGCCGGAGAAGAGGAAGCUGAAGAGGAUAAUGGACCCAGGCCUAGAGGACCUGUACCCAUUGAAAGGUGCGACCCAAAUGGCCGAGCUGGUUCUACACUGCCUCGAAUCCGACCCGAAGAACCGGCCAAGUAUGGUGGAAGUUUUAGAGAGAUUAGAGAGAAUCAACAGUAUCACUAAAAAACAAAAGGAGCCCAAGCCCAAGCCCAAGCCCACUUCAAGGCCCACUACGCCUCAGCGCCUUUACAGUUGUCCCAAUACCUCCCGGCCUCCUGUUCAUCACGCGCAUCGCAGCAAAUCUAAUUUCAAUUAAUUUACGAUUAGACCCUUCUAUUUAAAAAAAAAAUUAAGAAUGAUAUGCUAGUGUCAAUAAAUUAUUUCUUGUUGUAAAUUAUCAGUCCAUCAAUAUAUUGAUGAGUUGAGACCAAGAAAUAACUUCAAUUUUUUUUCUUUUUUUUUUUUUCAGUUUUUUAAUUGAUAGAGAGGUUCAACUUGAGUUACAGAAUCGAAUAUAUUGUCACUUCUUUUUUUUUGUAUCA